CACAGCUCCCCUGGCCAGAGGAGGUGAGACAUCCGUUCCCCCUACAAGAAACUCUGGUUCUUGCAGGAUGGAUUUGCAAGAGUCAACAACAACCUUUAACUAUGACAAUGAUUAUGAUACAUCAGCACCCUGCCAAAAAACUGAUGUGAAACAAAUUGCAGCCCAGCUCCUGCCUCCACUCUACUCCCUGGUAUUCAUCUUUGGUUUUGUGGGUAACAUGAUGGUCUUCCUCAUCCUAAUAAGCUGUAAAAAGCUAAAGAACAUGACUGAUAUCUACCUGUUCAACCUGGCCAUCUCUGACCUGCUCUUCCUGUUCACUCUCCCAAUCUGGGCUCACUAUGCUGCAAAUGAGUGGGUCUUUGGAAAUAUAAUGUGUAAAUUAUUCACGGGACUCUAUCACAUUGGUUACUUUGGUGGAAUCUUCUUCAUUAUCCUCCUGACAGUUGAUAGGUACUUGGCUAUUGUUCAUGCUGUGCUUGCUUUAAAGGCCAGGACAGUUACCUUUGGGGUGAUGACAAGUGGAGUCACUUGGGUGGUGGUCAUGUUUGCUUCUCUCCCGGAAAUAGUAUUUACCAGAUCUCAAAAAGAAGGUUUUCAUUAUACAUGCAGUCCUCAUUUUCCACACACCCAAUAUCAUUUCUGGAAGAGUUUCCAGACGUUAAAGAUGGUCAUCUUGAGCCUGAUCCUGCCCCUACUUGUCAUGGUCAUCUGCUACUCAGGAAUCCUCCACACCCUGUUUCGCUGUAGGAAUGAGAAGAAAAGGCACAGAGCAGUGAGGCUCAUCUUUGCCAUCAUGAUUGUCUACUUUCUCUUCUGGACUCCCUACAACAUUGUUCUCCUUCUGAACACCUUCCAAAAAUUCUUUGGACUGAAUAAUUGCAGUAGUUCUAAUAGACUAGACCAGGCCAUGCAGGUGACAGAGACUCUUGGAAUGACACACUGCUGCAUCAACCCUGUCAUCUACGCCUUUGUUGGGGAGAAGUUCCGGAAUUAUCUCUCAGUGUUCUUCCGAAAACAUAUUGUCAAACGCUUUUGCAAACACUGCUCAGUUUUCCAGCAAGACAAUCCUGAUCGUGUAAACUCAGUCUAUACCCGGUCCACAGGAGAACAGGAUGUUUCUACUGGUUUAUGACCUGGGCUGAGUUUUUUAUAUCACUUAGUUUUUCUAUGUAGCUUGGGGAUAGAAAUGGUUCCUUUUUAAAAAUAAAUUAGUAUCAUAGAGGGCCUAAGAUACAUGUACGUUUUUGAUAUUUAAAAGAUUAGAUCUUUGAAAGCCGAUUGGUUUUAUAAAGCCAAAUGAGGAUGUAUUGAUGAGAUAGUCAUCCCUGGCCUCAUUCCCACUUACCUCCAGUUAUUGGCAAACUCUUCUUUAGCCACAAAAGUUCACUAUAGAAAACAACAACAACAACAAAAAACUCCUGAGAAUGGGGGAUGGGGUGGGUAUUUUAUUUUGUUUUUUGGAGCUUGACUAUUUGAACAAAAAGAACAACACCAAUCAAGAAUACCUUGUACAGUUUUUUUUUCUUUACAAGGCAAAAUUCAGGUUAUAAAUGUACUUAAAAUAGGUCUUUGACUUGCCCUGAGAGUGUGACUAGUUAGGAAAUAGAUAACUAAGCUACAUAAAUUAGUUUCACAGACUUGUAUGAUCAGGUAAGUGUUCGGUGGCCUUGGAGGGUUGGGAGCAGGUCUUAAUAAGAAGAAACUUGAACUAGAUCAUAUGUUAGGAAAUGAGAAGGAAGCCAUUCUCUGGCUGGCAUGACUGCAUGAGCAAAACAAACGUAUAGCUGUGGCUAGUUGAAAGGGCCAUGAAGAAAAAGACCAAGGCUAUAUCCUAAGGCAUCAUGUCACCCCUGCUUCUUCAAAGUUAUGAACAGGCUAAGGAGCACCUGGAUUGGUUUGUACAAACUUACUUAUGGCUAAGAGUGUCUUGGCAAUGGUGAGCAUUUAGGGCAAGUAGAUCAGUAGCAAUAAGGUCAGGGUGAGAGCCAGUCACCUAGGCUAGACAGUGAGGAAGCACCACUUCUGUAUAUAAAAUGUAAAGUCAGCAGAACUUGGGUUAUAUUGGAGGUAGAGCUGAACUAGAACCCUUACAUUUAAUUGGGUUGGAAUAACCAUUGAGGUUAAAAAAAAUAAAAUAAAUAAAAAAGAAGGGUAGAGGAAAAAGUUUGGCCUACGAGGGUAGUCUCUUUUACAGCCUGAAUAUACUGCUGCCUCAGGCUGGCAUUUUGUUCUUGCCCUCAGACCCAAAUCUUGCCAUUCCAGCUUUGAUCCUGAGGGGUAACCAGAGGGCUGUGAAACACCUGGCUUAUGAAUCAUGAGCCUGAGGACUAUGAAUAAUACAGACCCCUUGUGGAUUCUAGGUGAGGGUUGUUUACAUAGUUUGAACCCAGAAGUUUUCUAACCUUGAGCAGAGGCUCCAAGAGUUGAGGGAAGAGCAUCAAUUUUCUCUAUUUACAUAGCAAUCGGCAAAUCUGGGAGAUAACCAUCCUUUUAGAAACAAGUUGCUGUGAGCUUUAGGAGCCAUGAAAGUGUGAUUACUGCCUUCGGUGUUCCAGGUUAAGUGUGAAGGUUUCAGUUACUCUUUCCAGAUGGUUUCUCCACACAAACAAUGGUAAAUUUAGCCACUGCAGAGAAGUUUAAGAGUUUUGUUGUUUCUUUUUAGUUGCUAUUUAUUAUAUUGUUUUGAAUUUUGGAUCAGUUAAGACCUCCAUAGUGAAGAUUAAGGGAACAAACAAAGAGGUUAGACUCUCUCAGAGGAUUCAAAUAGCUGACUAACAAGAGGUGCUACUGGUUGUUCUUAAGUUCUGAAUAUGAAACCAAAGCCUUGUGGCUGAAAGCAGGAAGUGAACAUUUGCUUUUUUUCCUCUGGGAUCCACAUCUUUUUUCUCACUGUGUAGAGCAGACUAGCCUCAAGCUCAUGAUCCUCCUUAAGCACUGGGGUUACAGAUAUAUAUGAGCACACCCAGAUGUAUUUUUAUAUUUUUAAACAUAUAGAAAGUUACAAAGUCUUUGACAUAAUAAGUCUUAUUAAAAGUGCUCUGUAAAAAAUAAUUGCAUUUUUGUCCUUUCAAUCAAGGACAAAAUGUACAUUUAGUGUAUAGUACAUGAAAUUAUGAGGAUAUUUUAUUAGUUGUUUUGGCGAACACUUUCAAAUAGUGUGUAUUUAAAUGUAGCUCUUAGCUUAAAUAGA